UGUAUUUGAAUAGAAUUUAAAAAGCUUUCAAAAGUAAGAGAUGUGUGCCCAGCAUCAAACCCCGGACCAGACUAGGAGAUACAUGUUAACCAAUAACAGAGAGAAUGUAAUUUUAUCACUAUUGUAUUGCAAGCUUAUCAGUGGACCAUUUAUUGCUACGUCACUGUGUAAGAUAACAAUUUUAAGGAAAAUAAUAUUAUGCUCAGAAAAUUUACUUCAUUCAAACCUUUAUAUAAUAUUUCUUUCAAUAGUACAAAAAGCAAGAAUCCAUGCAAUAACAGGAAGGAAAACUUUAAAAAAAUAAUGUCAUUUCGGGAUACGGAAAAGGAAGUGACCAUAAAAGCCCCUUGGGGCAAUAUUGCUGGUUUAACCUGGGGCGAGUCUACCAACCCACCAGUUUUACUAUGCCCCGGCCGAAUGGAACCCUGCUCAGCUUUUCGCCCACUAGUUCUACAACUACCACAAAACUUCUUCUACGUAGCCAUAGACUUACCCGGGAACGGAUUUUCCGAUCAUUUCCCGAAAGGUCUGCGUUUCACAAUGUAUGAUUUCAUACCUACAAUUGUUAAAGUGCGGGAGCAUUUUGGUUGGGAAAAAUUCGCUUAUAUCGGACACUCUCUUGGUGCGCUUAUAGGUAAGUUUUACAACAUGGCGUACCCAGGCCGACUAACCAGGAUCGUGGACUUAGACCCAAUACCGGCGUACUAUACAGUGGAACUUGACGAUAUGGCCUCAUGGUAUAAAAAGAUGUAUGGAGACCAUUAUACAGAUGAAGUAUACAAAAAACACACUAGUGAUAAGGAGACGGCACCCAAAUAUACUUAUCAACAGGUAAAAGAGAUGUUCAAAAAAGUCCAAGGUCUUACAGACGAAGCCGUGGAAUGCAAUUUAGAACGAUUACUAGAGCCUGCGGGCGAUGGGCUUUUUAGAUUAACAUAUGACCAACGCAUGAAAAGCGAUUUUGUAUUACCGUUCACACCAGAAAAUAUGAAAACCAUGUACACACUCACAGACGUACCAACUUUAUCUAUCUUCGCACAGGACAUAGUCGAUGUUGGCGGGUAUAGCCAUGUUCCAUUUGUAUUCGACGAGAGCGCUUGGAGGAACGGGAACUAUAGGCAUAGGAUAGUUCCGGGGAACCACGAUGUGCAUGUGAACUCGCCUCGAAUAGUAGCUGAACAUGUUGACAAGUUUCUGCUAGAGGGCCUGCCGAGGAAAGCCAAAUUGUGAUUUAAUUUAACAUUUUCUAUCUUAUAAAAGUAUACGGAACAUCAUUGCGUCUAUGUUUUUUCAAAAUUCUUAAUUUAUAUCCUGUCAAUUUAGGUAACGCAUGACGUCCAACCCUGUUCCACAUUUUAACUACAUUUAUCUACAAGCCGAUGCCCGCGACUUCGCCCGCGUGGAUGUAGGUUUUUCGAAAUCCCGUGGGAACUUUGAUUUUCCGGGAUAAAAGUAGCCUAUGUGCUAAUCCAGGAUAUUAUCUAUCACCAUUCCAAAUUUCAGCCAAAUCCGUCCACUAGUUUUUGCGUGAAGGAGUAACAAACACACACAUACACACAAACUUUCGCCUUUAUAAUAUUAGUGUGAAGUGAUAUUCGCACAAGAAAUAGUCGAUGUUGGCGGGUAUAGCCAUGUUCCAUUUGUAUUCGACGAGAGCGCUUGGAGGAACGGGAACUAUAGGCAUAGGAUAGUUCCGGGGAACCACGAUGUGCAUGUGAACUCGCCUCGAAUAGUAGCUGAACACGUUCACAAGUUUCUGCUAGAGGGCCUGCCGAGGAAAGCCAAAUUGUGAUUUAAUUUAACAUUUUCUAUCUUAUAAAAGUAUACGGAACAUCA